UUAUUUGUAAAAGCUAUUGUGUUGGUACUUCCACUCUGACUUUUGUCUAUUUGUUGUAGUACACCAACCCACAUGUGUGGUGGUUAAACUUCAUUUGCAUAAUAAGAGAUAGGACCCAGGUUUGUUUUUGCUCCUGGUCAAAAUUAUUCGUACCCCAGAUUUUAAGUCCAAAGUCUCUUCUUAAUAGUCAGUAGCGUGACCUUUGUUUUUCAUGUCUGCCUCAUGAUGGUUGUGACUGGUAAACUCUCAGAAAAUUCAAAAGACGGUGACGUAAUUUACCUUGUAUCAUGCCACUUUAAUGACGAGUUGUGACUGACAGCAAGUCUAACAGUGCUGUUUUAGUGUGCGCAGUAACUGUGACUCUGUGGUUCACUCUGUAAUCAACAAUACGGACAUACUUCAACAUUAAAUAUCUAAACUCAAUGCCAAAUCUUCUUAUUCCUAAUACGCUAUACGUGCACAUGUGUGGAACUGACUGCAUGGUCUGACAUGCCAAAUUUAUAUACAUGUAUGUGAUGUUCAUCAUGCCCAAAAUGAUUAUUUCUACAUGUACCUCCCUCCUUAUGCAUCUUAAUCUGUAACACAUGAGCUGUAAUUACAAGUAACCCAAAACGUGGACUCACAACAUUGGGCGUAUCAAAAUUCAAACAAAAGUCAGUGGAAUUCUUCGACGAACUUUAGCGAAAUGCAAAACGUGCAAGCAAGAACAAGCUGGUACGUCCAAUCAGGUCCAAGCUGGAGUUUCUCAGCAGACGCUUUCACAUUGUUAUCAAGUAUCUUGAAAUAAUCCUCCAUUUUCAUGAUGCCCUGUAUCUUAAUGAGGUUCCCAGUGCCACUAGCGGAGAAGCAACCCCAUAGCAUUAUGUUGCCACCACCAUGCUUUACGGUUGGGACUUUGUUCUUCGGCUUGUAUGCUUUUCCUUUCGUCCUGCAGACAUAAUCAAUAUCCAUGUGGCCAAACAACUUGAUCUUUGUCUCAUCAGACCACAGGACUGAUGACUAAAAGAUGAAGGUGCCAAGGAGAGCUUUGGACAUAGGAUGUGCAGUUGGAAGAACCGUGUUUGAACUUGCUCGUGACUUUGAGCAUGUGACAGGAAUUGACUACAGUCAGGCAUUUAUUGAUACCUGCUGUGUUUUGAAAGAUCAGGGUUCAUUGGAUUAUUCUGUUCAAGAUGAAGGAGAUUUGUCCACACAACUAAAGGCAAUCGUGGAUCCUACAAUCGAUCGCACACGAGUUCAUUUUCAGCAGGGUGAUGCCUGCAACUUGCCUCUCGAUAUUGGCCAGUUUGGUUGUGUUGUUGCUGCUAACCUUACCUGCCGGUUACCAAACCCUUACGAUUUCUUGAAUCGACUACCAAACCUUGUGGCACCUGGUGGUAUUCUCAUGUUGACAACACCCUGCACUUGGCUAGAACAAUUUACACCCAAAAGCAAUUGGCUUGGUGGCUACAUGGACAAAAAUCAGCAGCCAGUCACAACUUUUGACACACUCAAGAAAAUCCUAGGUCCAGACUUUGAUCUGAUUGAGGACAAAAACAUGCCUUUCUUCAUCAGAGAAACAGCUCGUAAAAAUCAGUGGUCGGUUACACAUGCCACAAUUUGGAUUCGUAAAGAAUAAUCCAUGAAUUUGAUUAUGAUUGUUUAAUGAUAAGCAAUUCUAGGGUUUUCAUUCCGGUAGUGUAGGGAGUAUAUUGGGUAAUAAAACCUGUGGGAAAACCAUAUUUCAUCUUCACUGUAUUACUUUUUUUACCAAGGGAACAAAUAUUUUUUCAAGGACCUGCGCAUAUGUACUUGGUUUGGGGUUGCUUUUUGCUAAAUGUGUGUGUAUAAAAACAGAACCUAUGGAUAAAUCCUAACUUAAUUGGGCACAAAUGAUAUGGGUAAUUUAUUACGGCAAUACAUGCAUAGUAUUAACAAGUAUUAGAUUAAGUUCCUGUUCCGAAGAAGAUUUUGUUCCAGUCCCACAAUAAUUUUCUCUUGGUUCAGGAAAAAACUCCAUAAAGUAAUCUUGGUUUUUCUAUCCAAUCCUAUUCAAAUUUCUAAAUGAACCUGACCAUGCAUAAGGUGGAAAGAAAGUUGUUUAAGAUACAAAUCUAUAUGAGGAAAUGUAAUGUGAUUUGAUGUAAAUUGAUUUAAUGCCCUACAUAUUAUUUAAUGUAUUUACAUGUACAUGUGUGUUCCAAAGUAUAGCUUACAUGUGUAGGCACAAAGUGUUGGAUUUGCUUUUAUUUAGGCCUAUGGCUUUGAGAUAAGGUUUGAUCUAUGUAUCUGCAACUAAUUUUUUUGCGAACUUGUCUUGGCAGUACCAUCACUAACUUCAACACUAGUUAGUGUUCUACAAGUAAUAUGUGUGUACCGUAUCUUUACUUACAAAUAAAGUUCAACAUUAAGGUCUGUGUAAAUGUACUAUUUACAACAAGCUGUACAUAAAACAAAGCGGGACAAUUCAAUUUUAUUUCUUUUCCAGUAUUUGCCAUGCAGUAUUUCACGAAAUCUUCGUCAGGUUAUUUUCAGGUGCACUUUUUGUAAAAAAAAAGUCCAUGUCUACAUGUAGAUGUUGUGAAUGUUAUUGAUUUGAAUCGUUUUGAAUUCUUACCUCCCUGUCUUCUUUUUCUGUCUUAAAUUCUGCCAGUUAGGACACUGUGCAAAGCUACUUGUAUACCUUUCAGAGGUAACAAAAGAAAAAAGCAAAACUAGAGGAGGCACAUUACUUUGAAUACUACUGUUUACAGUGUCUCCAUUUUGCUGGCACCUCAUUCAUUGUAUGAUAAUUACUUGAGAAAAUAAAAAACCCAUAGUAAACAUAAAAGUUGGAUGUAGGUACCCUGAGCUCUUUUUGGAGUAUGGUUGAUGACUCUGAUACAUAAACGUUGUGGUAGAUAAUUGAUGCAUGUAGAUCCUCAGCCGCCAUGUUUUAUGGAACAGGAAGUGUAGAUUGUACAUUUUAAGUAUUAGACUUGCUGGCAGCCAUUAGCUUUUAACAAAUGCUUGAUCUCGUUUAUUUGACAAAUAUUGUGCCUUUUUUUAUUAUGAUUACUUGCAAUAUUCAUUGAAUAUUGUAUCCCCUGUAGAUUAAAAUUAUUAAGUACACUU